AUGUCAUCAUGGAGUUGUAUAUACUGUACCCUCAUCAACGAUCCAUUCUACACAAUAUGUCAGGGAUGCGGAUCUCAAAAACCUUUGGAAAAUGGGAAGAAACCGAUGAAGUCGAUGGGUAGUAUGGUACCGAAGAUUAUCACGGAUACCGUACGUGAUGUAUCGAACGCGAUAUCCGAUUUGGUGACUAACAAGGAGAGGAAACCCGCUCAUAAUUUUGUGAGGGUUGGUCAUUUUCGAACACCCCUGCCAAACGGUCCAUAUGUGGAUGGUCAGAGUAACAACCCGAAUGCUAAUCAACACCCUUCCACUUCCACAUUUUUUGUCGACACGCCACAAGUGGAACGCCCCAAUCGGUACGAGAACGUUGAGACGACGCCAGAAGUGGAGCAGCAGCAAGAGCACCAGAUGUGCUCCAAAAUCACGUCAACACUGAAAAAAGAAGCGCAGGAGAAGAGUGACGUUGUGUACAAGAAUAUUCUGGAGUAUUGCACAUCCUCCAACACCCCAUUCAUCGACGACCAAUUCCUUCACAACAAAAAAUCCAUCGGCACCCUGCACUUCACAAAAAAUGGUGUCAAGCGUCACGAGGAGCCCGACUUCCUUCACUGGCUACGUCCCUCCCAAAUGUUCACAAAAGACGGGCGGUCGUUUCCAUGGUCGGUACUUAACAACCCAAGACCAUCGGAUAUCGAGCAGGGCACACUUGUUGGGGACUGUUGGCUCAUGUCAGCGAUGGCGUUGAUCGCCGAGAGACCGGAUGUGCUCGACGAGAUUAUCCCGAGAAAGCAGUACUCACAUUUUGGAGUUUAUCAGAUAAGACUUUGUGUGGAGGGCAAAUGGAAAGUGGUGAUUGUCGACGACUUCUUCCCCUGCUACCAGCACACCAACUCUAUCGCCAUGGCAGUUGGAAGGAGAAACCAGUUAUGGGUGCCUCUUAUCGAAAAAGCGAUGGCUAAGGAGUUGGGGAGCUACUCGAAACUCCAUGGAGCCUCAUUGACUCAGGGACUCUCAAUGCUCACCGGAGCAUCGUGCGUCAACUAUAAUUGCCCGCCACUCCCACGCAAUUCAGAUGACGUUGACACAUUCUGGGCUCAACUGGUGAGCUCCAAGGAGUCUGGAUUCCUUAUGUGUUGUCACUGCGGAGCGUUCGAGAAUAACGCGGCGGAAUCCGAGUUCCGAGCGAUGGGGCUGCUCACAAACCACGCCUACUCUAUCCUGGAUGUGGUCUACGAGCAUGGUCACAGAUUGCUCCGUAUCCGUAACCCAUGGGGACAAUUCGUGUGGAAUGGAAAGUGGUCGGAUGGUUGGCCCGGUUGGCCGCAGGACCUUAAGCAACGACUACUCCAUAAUCGGAGAGAUGAAACCGGAGCGUUCUGGAUGGAUCUGGACGAUUUUGUGCAUCGAUUCGCCUCAGUUACAGUAUGCAAGCUGCGGAUGGAUUGGACGGAGCUUCGAGCGACACAAGAUGUUGGAGGCAGAUCUGACAAGGCUCUACAGAUAGUGGUGACUGACACCUGUGAGAUGUCGGUGACGGCGUUUCAGAAGGGAGGAUUCAAUAAGAAGGAUAACUUGAACGACCUGAUGGUAUGUGUCCAUAAAACCAGCCCGGAUGGUCGUGUCGGUGAGCUCAUGGAGAUGUCCGCUCGAAUCGCCGAGAAUCAUUUUACAAUCGACGAGUUCUUCCUGGCACCAGGGAUCUACACCAUAGUUUGUCAUAGCCCUCGUGCCCAACUACUGCAUAAAAAGGGGCGUGUCAACAUUGUUGUCCACACCCGCUACCCGAUAUUCGCUGAGCACAUCCCGCUGACGAGAAGAGCCGCCCAUGAAUCCCUUCAACAGGUCAUUAUGAAAGAGGGGGAUGUUGUGCAGAACACGAAUAAUGGAGUGGUGAUACGAACGUUGACGAACAAGUUCAGAGGGAUGAUUAUAAUGGCGGAUAACUGUUUGGAGAACAAGUACUUGCAUGUGGGCGUCGACUGCUCCCAAUCCAUGAAUAUCCAAUCCUCCCGCGGUAUGCUCCAAAUCGUCGAUGUCGUCCCGCCACUCUCGCGUCAAGUGCUCAUCGUCCUCUCCACAAUCGACGACUCUGCUCAAUAUCGUGUCAGCAAUAGUCUAAAGACGCUUGUCCAUCACAAAAAGUAUCUGCUCCCUGAGAUGUGGUACGAGGCGGCUAUCUCGUCUCCACCGAAAUCUCAACACUACCCUCCGUUGGAUUCUGAUUCUAUUAUUCACUCGAUUUCUUCAGUAUUUUAA